UGACGUCACGGUGCGUGUGAGCACUUGUUUGUAAACUUCCUGGAGACGCAGCAGCCUCUGCAGACUCGAGCUAGUCCUCUGGCUCUGAAGUCAUGGAUCAACAUGUUAAAUAGAAACAGAGACCAGGUCUCAGUAAUGAACUUUAAUUAGUCUUUAUUAGUCUGCUGUGCGCGCGCAGUGUUUAUAUCAGGGUUAAAUCAGACGCGUCCACUGCGCAGACUCAGUGAGGAGCUGAAAGACUAGCCCUAACUUUGAUCAGUAACAGAUUAUUAUAAUAAUAACUAUAAUAAUCAUAUUUAAUAAUCAUCAUCAUCAUGAUGGCGACCAGCUACAGCGCCAAGGACGAGGACGGGCAGAUCACCGUGUCCGGAGGAGGGGGGGGGAGUCUCCGCAGCAGGAAGCCGGAGAACACCGCCUUCAAGCAGCAGAGACUCCCGGCCUGGCAGCCCAUCCUCACCGCGGGGACCGUGCUGCCGGCCUUCUUCAUCAUCGGACUCAUCUUCAUCCCCAUCGGCAUCGGACUCUACGUCACCUCCAACAACAUCAAGGAGUUUGAGAUCGAUUACACCGGCGUGGACACGUCCAGCCCCUGCUUCAACUGCUCCCAGAGCUUCAGCUGGAACAGCAGCCGGCCCUGUACCUGCACCAUCCCCUUCUACCUCGAGCAGCCGUACGAGGGAAACGUCUACAUGUACUACGGCCUCUCAAACUUCUACCAGAACCACCGCCGCUACGUCAAAUCCAGAGACGACAGUCAGCUUCACGGAGACAUGGACUCCCUGCUGGAACCCAGUAAGGAGUGUGAGCCGUACGCCAAGCACGACAACAAACCCAUCGCCCCCUGUGGAGCCAUCGCCAACAGCAUGUUCAACGACACUCUGGAGCUUUUUUUCAAUGAUCCAAACGGCACGAAGGUUCAGAUCCCUCUGGCCAACACCGGCAUCGCCUGGUUCACCGACAAGUACGUGAAGUUCAAGAACCCCGGAGGAGACAACGCAAACCUCACCGCUGUCUUCCAAGGGACAACGAAGCCGGUGAACUGGCGUAAACCCGUGUACGAGCUGGAUAAAAACACGUCCAACAACGGCUUCAUCAACGAGGACUUCAUCGUGUGGAUGAGAACGGCCGCCCUGCCGACUUUCCGUAAACUCUACCGCACCAUCAAAGACUCCAAGAUGGUUCCUACUCUGCCCCGAGGGAACUACACACUGGAGGUCGUCUACAACUAUCCGGUCAGGAGCUUCGAGGGCAGGAAGCGGAUGAUCCUGAGCACCAUCUCCUGGAUGGGAGGGAAGAACCCGUUCCUGGGCAUCGCCUACCUCACCGUGGGCUCGGUCUGUUUCUUCCUGGGCGUCGUCCUCCUCGUCGUCCACCACAAGUGUGGAAAUCGAAACAACAGCGCUGACAUUUCUAACUGAGACGCCCUGAGGAGGCUGCACUCCAGCUCGCCUCUGCUGCAGGAGACGGCGACACCAAGGCCAGACCUGGAGAUAAAUUUAAACAUAUAGAGUCCUCGUUGGUUCUUCAGAGAGUUUAAGGAGUGUUAGGAGUUUUAAGAGUUCGGCGGUGGCUGAGUAUUUUGCCAAAGUGAAAAGAAUUUCCUCCCAUGUGUCAAAUGAUCGACUGCCUUCAGAUCAUAAAGUUCAAAUAGAUCAUCAAACGACAGAUCUUUUACAAAGUCGUGUUAUUACGAUCUUUCAUAAAGUCGUGUUAUUACGAUCUUUAAACGUGUUGCAGGUUGCAGCGGAGGUGAGCUGGAGUGUUGCUGAGCUGCAUGCUGGGAAGCAGAGAUGUGAUUAUGGAGCUGCCGGCUCGUCUUUGUGCCUCGUUCUGUCUGCAACAUCUGCCAACUGUCAAACUAAAACCAAGCUUUCACUGUGACGUACUGCUGUGGGGGGGGGGGGGGGGGGGGGGGGCUGUUCUAUGAAAGCUUUAUUUUUUUUAUAUUUAUUUCAGAGUUUUAAAGAAUCUGUUUGUGGAGCGUCAGUAAAUUUCACGUCAGAGCUCAGGGAGUCCAAAGAGGGUUCAAAGGUUUCUGUCUCGGUCUGCGUGUUUGAAUCCAAAGCAGAGAAAUGAGAGUGAACACAGUGUUAGUGUUGUUGUUUCGUUUGUUGUCGUUUACAUGCAAAAAUACAAGAUAAACAACACAGCAUGAUAAAACAGUUUGACCAAAUACAUGUGAGUAAACGUUUGUCUCUUACACUGCUUACUGCACACACUGCACACAUAUCACAAACUGCACACACUGCACACACUGCACACACUGAACACACUGCACACUGUUACACUGCACACACUGUGACACUGUUACACUGCACACACUGUUACACACUGACACUGUGACACUGACACACAUCCUGCCAUCAACAGCUGAGAUUUCACGAGUUACAGUGUUGUAAAAUAAGUGCAUGUUACCUGUGCUGUUUAAAAAUGUGUUUUAUUUUAAGACAUUUCAAUGAGCUGUGUUGUUUGACUGUAAAUCUACAAAGCACUGGACUUCACAUUUCUUUUGAUACUUCAUCUGUGUUUCUGCUUUAAAGAAUAAAUUUGUCAUUUAAAAAC